GACUUGCUUUAAACUUUAUUGGUUUAUCACAGUUAUUUAAUAGCUUUCAAUUGAUCAUUUAACUUAGUUCAACUAAUAAAAGAUUAAUAUUAAUUGAUUAAGCUUGACAGUUACAAAUACAAAUACUCGCGACAAAACAGUAUAGAAAGCAACAAAGUAACACAAGAUUUUCUACAAACUGAAAAGGUUAGAUAACAAAAUGUAAACAUUUUUAAAUAAUAUCUGUAUACUAUACUAAUGCCAACAUGCCAUUCUGAUUAUAUACUUUUUAUAUUCAUUCAUUAAAUACAUUUUAAAUUUUUUUUAUAAAAACCAUUUUCAGUUCUGUUCCAUAAAUUCACCCCUUCAACUAAAACACAAUAUUGUUUAUAUUAAAUCUGAACCGUUGCUUCUUAAACAUGCACAUUCCUCUCAAGUCAUAGUCUUCUCUGAUCUUAAACAACUUUUCAGGUAGUCGUGCAACAGGUGGAAAUGAUCGCAUAGUGAGCAAAGAACAGAGGUUACAUUUAAUGACUUGUGCCAACACUAAAAGAAAGUGCCGCUCUACUUUAUAUCAUUUACAAAAACAUGAUCCCGUCCAAUUGAUCAUGUUUACGAUCCGGCCCUCAGAAUGAACUUUGGAUCACCCAGAUAGGAUUUACUUUUCUUAUCAUUAAAAUACGACCUGGAUGAUCGGCAUCAGCCAAUCAGCUCUGACAGCAGCAGUGUUAGGUAUGGGACGUUUUCCACUGUAUUCCACAGAACUGUAUAUAAUGUUUGUCUGUCAUAAACUGACAGCUUGUUAUCAGCAGAAUCACCAUAUACUGUGUCGUUAAGGCAGGGAUAAUAUUCAAUGAUUCAUCGUCCUCUGCUUAUGAAGGACAAUAUGGUGGAGCGUCCAACAUCUGGCACCUUCUUGCUGCUAAACAGUUUCAAAUUUAGUCAUAUUUAUUGAUACCUAUAAUCGUAUCCAUGUUCUUUUACAUGCAACUCUUCAUAGCACUAGCAGUCCUACAUCGUGUUAGUGUCCUGCGAGCAGAACAGUGGCUGGUAAAAGGUUCAUUUAGAUUCUUAAGCAAAACAAACUGAAGUCAGUCUAUGGCAGUCCACUUUCAGGCCUUAUAUCCUAUCUUCUUCUUUGGUGUCUGUUCCAGUUGGUUUGGAAAUGCACAAAGAAAUAUCUUCACACUUUGUUUUGCUCUUCUCAGUUUUUCAUGCUCAAGGACCUGCUGGCUAUCAGAUAUCAGCAUCCGUCUCCUUAUACCCAUAAAACUUUGCAUUUUGGGGGUCAUUUCCUCAAAUUGGUUCAGAUUAAGUUUUCAUUACCAAUGAACAACCCCACAGUCCUGUUAAGCGUGCCUCAAAACACCCAAAAAGACUGAGCUUACAUGUCAAACACAGUAGAUCCUAAACAAUUGUGCAAAUAUGACUGCAUUAAAGGAUAUAUCCGAAGGCUGAAUCUUUUGACUAGUCCUAGCUUGCUGUCUGUAUUACCGGUGAGAUUUCCGUAUGAUUUUUUUAUUUACCACCAAAAUCCAGGCAAGAGGAAAUCACCCAGCAAGCUUUGCAGUCACUUAAUUCAAGCUUUCAGUGAGAGUACCACAUAAUUAUGGGUCUAAUCAAAAUCCAAAUAUAGCAUCAAAAGGAACUGUGUGUUUGUGUGUGUUUGUGUGUGUGUGUGUUUUGAGGAUAUGGGCAGCAGCAGCAGACUCACCAGAACAGUCGGUAUCUAACUGAUCAAAGUGAGUCCAGUGAGUCUUGUAAAUAUUCCCCUCAUUACAGUACAGCACAGUGAAAAUUGCAUAAUAACAUUCACUAGGGAGAAAAGAACUUCAAGGGUGUGAGAGUGAAAAGGUUUAUGAUUUAAAAGGACUAUCUUAUCUUUGUAGUCAUGCUUGAACAGGUGCCUCUUUUUGUGCUCUCAAGUCAGUCAACAUGUUCAAUAAUGAGAGAGGAUAAGACUUAUGAACAUAAACAGAGAGAGAUUAAGCUGAAAAAAUUACCUUAAUAUUCCUGUUGGGACAUAACCAGUGUCUGUUGUAACAGAAAGUUAUAAAGUGAUUUAUGUUUUCAGGCAACUUUUAGUCUGCAUUGUGGUACAUUUAUCCUAUUUAAUCUUCCUUUUACUAUUAUAUAUUGCUUUAGGAGUAUUCAAGGUUAUUCAGUUGUAAGUUUCUAGUGACCUUUAUCCUACUUUAAGGCAUUUAUUUUAUCUUAUGAUGUUACUUUCAUAUACUUAUAUACUUUCUUAUAGGGACUUAAAGAAAUAGUUGGGAAAUACACUCAUUGGAUUUCUUGCCGAGUGUCAGAAGAGAAGAUUGAUACCACUUUCAUGCUUGUAUGUUAAGGACAAGAAAAAAAUCUAUCAGCAUCUCUAAAGCUCACUAAAACAUGUAUUAUCUUAUUUGUAUAACCUGUACACAGAAAAGUCAAAAUGACAUUUUUUUUUGUUUUAGCUAAACCCCUCCCCAAACAGUAAUUGUCCAAUAAUAGCUUAGCAAAAAGUCAGCCAGAGACCGCCUUUUCAACCAACUCAUGGAGUUGACGUUAGCUUAAUUAGCUAGCUAGCUGCAGGUAAUAAAACCUGCCAGAGACGGUUGUCGAAAAUCGAUGGUCUUCGGCUCGAAAUGAGAAGCCUGUUUUUGUCCAAUACUGCCUGAAAUCAAGGACCAAGGUGUUUGUUUCAAAAAUUACUAAGAAUUUCAAGCUGUAAAUCUUCGACCAUUGUGCGAAAACGGAAAGCUUGACAGGCAUAGGAACAGUAACAUCUUUCUACAUUUGUUUCUAAAAUUCUCUUUGUGUACAGGUUAAACAAACAAGAUACUGUCUGACAUGUUGAUUUGUGAGCUUUAGAGCGGUUGGCUGGCAGAUGUUUAAACUCGGGACAGAACCAGGCUAGCUGUCUCCCCCUUGCUUCCAGUCUUUAUGCUAAGCUAAUCACUCCCUGGCACCAGGUCUGUACUAAACACACAGACAUGAAAGUGCUAUCAAUCUACAACUCUCGACAAGAAAGCGAAUAACUGUAUUUCCCAAAAUGUUGACCUACUCCUUUAAAUGUUGAUGUAUGACUAAAAUAACCUAGUAGCCCUUUAAAAUCUAUAACACAUUCAUUUUAAUCUUAUUUUAUCCAAACAGCAACAUCAAAAUAGACUCCAAUAAAUUCUUACUUUGGCGCCCCCCAGUGGCAGCAUCAAAAAUGAAACUGUGGCAGAGGCAUUGAUCAUAAUUUGAAAGAUGCUGUAAAAACGUAUACACAUAGGAGCUUCAGUUUUACUCUUUUGCUUUACUUCCCUUAUGGAAUAUUAUGACCCAUUUAUUUUCUACUAUAUUGUAAUAACAGUCUUAUCAGUAGCUGGUUUCCAGUAACAUUGCACUUAAUGGUAUUUCCUUGUGUGAGGCCAAUAAAAGUAAAUUUGUUCCUGAUACUUUGCUAGGGAUUAGUUAUUGCUGUGAUCAUCCUAUAGGCCUAAUAUUCCCAUAAUAUUCCUUUAAACGCUGAGAUGUUUAGGGGAGGGCUCUGCUGGUGGGAACCGCCUCAUGACGUACCUCUGUUGACAGUAGUAAAACCUCCACACACACACACACACAUACAUACAUACAUACAUACACCCCCAACCACACACACACAUAAACACACUGCCUCCACCUGCUCACACACUCCCGCCGAGCAGCCAGUGAGCCACCGCCGCUCCACGCUUCUCCAUCUCCGCGUCCUCUGCGCGCCGCGGUGCCUUCUGCUCUGCGCGUCCAGCUGUGCGCACAUCUCCCCCCGGCUCCGGAGCUCCUACCAGGGCUGGCUGAAGCUGAGCUGUUUCAAACCCCGGACAGACUGGAAACAGGAAUAUGGCUUCUAAAGCGAUGGAGCGUCUGAAUCUGUCGGAUGAACAGAUCAAACUGCUGGAGGACAGUUUUAAAAAAGUCACCAAGCAUCCGGAUGGGACGACGCUCAUGUUGAUCGCUGCGGAGUGCGGACUGUCAGAGGAGGAAACACUAAAAUGGUUCAAGCUACGUAACGCACAGUGGAGGCAGGCGGAGGGUCUUCCAGCUGAACUCGGAUCGGUGUUGGACUGAGACUGAAGAAUCUCCUGGACGCCUGAAGCUCUGCGCCGACCUUGUUUCUCCUGGACAAACUGACCCUACCACCCCUUCCUCAUACUCUUCCCUCUCCAUGUGUCCAUCUCUCUUUUUGUAUCUAUGAAGCGAUUUUAACUUACUGUAUGGAAUGUGAAGGUGUUUGUGUGUUGUUGCCAAUAUAACCGCCAUGUUUACAGAAAUAAACAUAUUGUUAUUAUAAGUUAAAA